CCUGGGAAGAAGAAAUGCGCAAAAACGCCGCCGUCUAUGCCCAGGACAUGAAAGCACGCGAAGCCGAAGAUGCCAGCCUAAACCGAUCAACCAACGCUCCGAGCGUCAAGGCGCGGAAGUUCGGCCGUAGCGUGGUCAAUUUAUUACGCACCAAAAGUGGGCACAACUCAGACGGAAGUAGAUCUCCUAUACCUGCAUCGCCCAUGCCGCCGGAUCUGAGUCGACAACAGCGCUUGAACGUUCCGCGGCAUAUGAAUACCGGACUAUCGGCCAAGAGCAGUCUGGACUCGCUGCAAACACCUGCUAUCUUGAGGGAGAUGGGCAUGGGCGUCUGACAUUGAGUAGUCGUGCGUUUGAACUACCUUUUGAAUCUCGCGGCGCAGUACACAACACCACACAACAUCACUACAUGGACAUAUUUACAUGACAAUUUUAUACGCGAAACGUUAGCAGGGCAUUGGUCGGGAUGGAACAGAAAAGAAACACUCACUUGGGAGUACAGAGAGAGGCAAAAGAAAACUUCAGUGCAAGAGAUG